GAAGAAUACUUGCGCGACAUCAGUUCGCAAGUUGCUCGCAGCUCAAGUAACUCAAGUACACUCAAUCGUAUACAAACAAGGUGCAAUCGUCCACAUGGUGCAUCGGCUCAUCAAAGAACUCAGGCUCACUGCGGCCGAACUCGAGGGAGAAACCACGUUCCUCGCGACUUGGGACAUGGUCAAUCAUCCACACUGCUAUUCACUUGCACUAAUCAGGGGCCGUCGACCCAAACUUGCUUAGCGUACUCCCGACACAAAGAACAAAUCGAAUGGUAACUGGCACAAUUCAAAAACAAUGUGAUGUUGAAAAAUACAGCAAU